CGGGGCCGAUUGACGUGGUGUCGCACAACUCAACGCCAGAACAGAUCGUCGUCCGCUGAGAGACACGCCACGCGACUGAUAGCACGAGGCACAAAUAGCACGGCAGGCAGGCGAGAUUGUCGGUGUCAGCAUCGCGCCUUCCAGGCGGAGGUUCAAAAUGCGGGCGAAGCUUGGUGGCGACUGCACCAGAUAACUUCUCAGAACGCCAGAUGCUCGAUCCGACCCACUCUCCCAGUGCGCGCGCGACAAGCAAAUUGUGCACCUUGCGAUUCGAUGGACCCGCAACAGCCAGAUCCCGCCAUGGCUUCGACUUCGCCUCACGGCUUCGCAGAGAGUGCGCAUCGACGCGAAAGGGCCGUGAUCGCGGCCCAAGCGUGUCAAACGUGUCGGAACAGAAAGAGCAAAUGUGACGAAGCGCGCCCCAAGUGUGGUCUGUGCCGCAGGCUCAAUGUCGAAUGCGUCUACAGAGAGCCGCUCCCAACGAAGAAGGACAAAACCAUGGUCCACAUUCUCGACACCCUGACGAGAUUGGAGAAUAAAUUCGAUAAUCUCGCCCUGGGGUCAACAGGAUCCAGUACACCAGAGACAAAUGUAUCAAGCCACGGAGCUGCGACCAGUACUCCAGCAACAUCUUUACGACAGUAUCAAAGUGGCAAUGAACAGAGCACGCCGAGAUUUCCCACCGAAUUGCAGCAAGGAUACCAUCAUCUAACGGUGCCACACAAGAUCAUACUUUGGCCUAGCGUGUACAUACACCUUGUCAAUUCUGGCAUCAGCGCGGCGUCCGACCUGCAAUAUGUGCUCCAGGAAGGCACUCAAUGGUUUAUCAAACAAGAAAUGAGGAGCCACCAAGACCCUCUUCCCGCAGAGCCGGGUCUACAAAGCUACUAUGUCCAAGAUCCCGCUGGCGGGCAAAGCAAGCCCCCUCGAGUAGCGUUUCAUGCUUUAACGCCCCCGCGCAUUCAAGAGUACUGCGACGCAUAUUUCAAUACCUUCAAUGUUCUGGCUCCAGUGCUGAACCGGGAUACGUUCAUGUCGGGAAUCAUUAAUCCCAUUCUGCAACGCGGUUUUGCAGAUGGAGAAUCGAGCAGCGUUCUUGCGUUGCUAGUUCUGGCAUUGGGGCAAGUCGCAUCCGAGGGUGUCUUUGAGCGACCGAUCAGCAUGGUCAACGGUACCCCAAGCGGAUUCCGCGGGGGUACUGCUGAGCGGCCCCCUGGCCUGGAGACUUUCAAUGAGGCGCGACGUAGACUUGGCUUUGUGGCCACACAGAUGUCGCUAGAGAACGUGCAAAUUCUACUUCUGCAAGGCACAUACUAUGAAGCCACCGCGAAGCAUCUCGACUUCUGGCGAUCGACAGUGACUGCGUCCAUGGCAUGUCAGGUGCUUCUCAAGUGCGAGACUAUCGAUUGGCAGUCUCAUCACGGAGAUCUGGUGAAAAGGGCGUACUGGACUUGUGUCCUUAGCGAGGACCUCUAUCACUUGGACCUUGAUCUGCCCCAGAGUGGCAUCCAGACCUUCGAAGACGUGGUUCCCUUGCCCUACUUUACCGAGGGCCAGGAAAUGCACACUCCAGGCUUUCCCGUGCACACUAGUGGCGCCUCGACAUAUGAAGACAGAGAUCGAUCGCAUUUUCAGUACCACUUUCUUGCCAUGAUCGCUUUGCGAAGGCUGAUAUCGCGGAUCCACGAAGUAAUCCAUGAAUCAUCAUCGACACAAUCCGAAUCUUCAGAUGAUUACGGUGGACCUCCAGUAACUGUCAUUCGAGAAAUGGCCCGUCAGCUUGAAUCAUGGCGCUCGCUGCUGCCGCGGCCAUUGCAGUGGCAGGAUACCGAACAACUGGACUUUCCAAAUAUCGAUAUCACUGGACGAAGACCCAACGAACCGCUUUUCAGUCCCGAUCAAGGCCCAGUACCAAUAGGUCACAAAUACAAUCUUGAUCUCGUCACAGCCCAGCUGCGGACUCGAUUCUACUACGCCCGCUUCAUGAUGUAUCGACCUUUUGUAUACAAGGCGCUACACUUUCCAGAACUCAUGACUGAGGAAGACGCCAACUACUGCGGUCUAGCAAUCAGAGCAUCCCUCUUGUGGCCCAUGGCCAUGGCUCCACCGAAAAAUAAGAAGCGCCUGGUACCGCACCUUUUUGCAUGGACCCAGAAUUUCAUGGGUAUCUUGCUCAUACUGCGAAUGACCACUGAGAAUGAGUGCCUCAGGCGCAUAUGCGAUGAGCACGUUAAUCGCGACGAAAUUACGAGUACGGUUUCGUGCAUGUUGGAGUGGGUUCGGGAUGUUCGACAAGUAGACGGCAUCGCGGAAUGGAGCUGGCGUAUACUGGAGCCCUUGUACGCCGUGGGCCAGGGACAGUCGCAUGGGUAGAGUCCAUUCGACAAGCCCAAACGAUACCACGAUGGCGACACUGAAGCACGACAAGAAGAUCCGGAGCUUAUAAAUUUGCUGGUUCGCAAUCUGUCGAGCACAGUAAAGGCUUCUGACCAGCAGAUGGAGCAAUGAACGGGCUGAGGAAAUUCGCGGAACUGACUGCACGAGUCAUCAUCAAAGAUGCAUGCAUAUACUGGCGCAGCCAUGAGCAAGUGCUCACACUUACACCACUCGCGAAGUCAUGGCAAGCCGUGCGAAGAGAUGGGAACAUGAUGUCUCGAGCAUUUCGUCCUCUCACGAGUUCGAAGCUAACAGACGUCGACGGUAAUUGGUCUGAAUGAUGCGGUUUUCUCGCGCUUUGAACCGCACGCGAUCAAGACGCACCAGCAAGAUAUCGAUAGCAUGUACAACAUUCAUAUAGCGGUUAUUUGUGUAGCGAAACGUC